AUGGUACAUACAGGUUCUCACUGCUAUGAACAGAAUGAAGAAACUCAAGGCUUUGUGGUAGCAGGUGGUGGUGAGAGGAAUGGAAUAGAAGGAAUUGCAGUUGGGAUUGGAAUUGUGGGGAUUGAGGGCAUGCUUGAAAGUGGAGGCAAGGUGACCUUGGGAACAGCAGGCAAUGUUGGCAUGCUAGGAAGCGGAGGCAGGGUGGCUUUGGGGAUUUUUGGCAGACUAGGAAGUGGAGGCAAAGUGGGCUUAGGCAUUGAAGCUGGUGGCGGGGAGAGGAAUGGAAUAGAUGGAAUUGUUGUUGGGAGAGGGAUAUUGGGAAUUGAAGGCAUGCUUGGAAGUGGAGGCAAGGUGGCCUUGGGGACGACAGUAGGCAGUGUUGGCGUGCUUGGAAGUGGAGGUAAGGUGGCCUUGGGGACGACAGUAGGCAGUGAUGGCGGCAUGCUUGGAAGUGGAGGCAGAGAGGGUUUAGGCAGUGAAGGUUGUUGGGUGGUGGGCAAAGUUGGCAAUGUGGGCUGUGGCAGAGAUGGUAUAGAAGGCAAUGGUGGCAAUGCUGGUUUAGGCAAACUGGGCACGGAAGCUGGUGGCGGGGAGAGGAAUGGAAUAGAUGGAAUUGUUGUUGGGAGAGGGAUAUUGGGAAUUGAAGGCAUGCUUGGAAGUGGAGGCAAGGUGGCCUUGGGGACGACAGUAGGCAGUGUUGGCAUGCUUGGAAGUGGAGGCAAGCUGACCUUCGGAACUGCAGGCAUUGUUGGCAUCGUAGGGAGGCUAGGAAGUGGAGGCAAAUUGGGAAGAUUACGAGUUGCUUCCCCUCCCAAAAACGACAAAGCAAUGAAGAGAGACAAGAUAAGACACUUGAAAGCUGCCAUGCUGUUUCCAGGUGGUGGGGAGAGGAACGGGAUAGAGGGGAUUGUUGUUGGGAUAGGGAUAGUGGGGAUUGUUGUUGGGAUAGGGAUAGUGGGCAUUGAGGGCAUGCUUGGAAGUGGAGGCAAGGUGACCUUGGGGAGAGUACUAGGCAUUGUUGGCAGGCUAGGAAGUGGAGGCAGUGUGGGUUUAGGCAGGGAAGGUUGUGCGGUUGGCAAUGUGGGCUGUGGUAGUGUUGGUAUAGAAGGCAUUGGUGGCAAUGUUGGUUUAGGCAAAUUGGGUACCGAAGGUGGUGGGGAGAGGAACGGGAUAGAGGGGAUUGCUGUUGGGAUAGGGAUAGUGGGCAUUGAGGGCAUGCUUGGAAGUGGAGGCAAGGUGACCUUGGGGAGACUAGGCAUUGUUGGCAGGCUAGGAAGUGGAGGCAGUGUGGGUUUAGGCAGGGAAGGUUGUGCGGUUGGCAAUGUGGGCUGUGGUAGUGUUGGCAUAGAAGGCAUUGGUGGCAAUGUUGGUUUAGGCAAAUUGGGUACCGCAGGUAAAGGGGGCAAUUGCAGAAGCUGA